GGGGUGCCCGGGGUGCCCGUAGGGUGCUUGGGGGUCCCUCUGGGGCGUCCCUCUGGGGUAUCUGGGAUGUGCAUGGGGGUCUGGGGUACAUAUGGGCUGCCAAGAGUGCCCACGGGGUACUUGGGGAAAUGCCUGUGGGAUGACUGGGGUGGAUACUGGGGGCAUAUGGAGUGUACGUGGGGUGCCAGGGGGGUACCCACGGGGUGUGAGGGUUGCCCGGGGUGCCCACAGGGUGCUUGGGGGGUCCCUCUGGGGGCUCUGGGGUGUGUGGGGGGGUCUGGGGUGCCCGUGAGGCACUUGAGGAAGUGCCCAGGGUGCUUUGAGAUGCCCAUAGGAUGCUUAGAGGUUCCUCUGGGGCUUUUGGAGUGUGUGUGGGGGAUCUGGGGUGCCUAUACAGUGCUGGGAGGUGCCCAGGGAACCCACAGGAUGUCUGGGGAAGUGCCUAUGGGUGCUUGGGUUGAACGUGGGGCACUUGUGGGGUGCUCAGGGCACCUGUGGGGUGCCCAGGGUGCCCACAGGGGGCUUGGUGGGUACUUUUGGGGUGACUGGGGGGUGCCCAGGUUGCCCAUGGAGAGGUUGGGGGGUUCCCGGGGUGCCCAUGGGGUGCCUGGGGGGUGUCUGGGUUGCCUCGGGGGUGCCCAGGGUGGGUGUGGGCUGCUGGUAGUGCCCCCUGAGCCCUUCCCCGUGCUGCAGGCGGGGGUCCCGGCGGGGGUCCCAGAGGGGGACCCGACAGAUGCCACGACAGGGGACGGGCGCGUGCGGGCGCUGCAGAGGGAGGUGCAGGGGGUCACCACCAUCAUGACCCAGAACGUGGAGCGGAUCCUGGCACGGGGGGAGAACCUGGAGCAGCUGCACAGCAAGAGCCAGGACCUGGAGGCCACCUCGGAGCACUUCCGCACCACGUCCCAGAAGAUGGCCCGGCGCUACUGGUGGAAGAACGUGAAGCUGCUCGUCAUCCUUGGCCUCGUGGGUGCCAUUGUCCUCAUCCUCAUCAUCCUCCUGGCCACUGGCACCAUCCCCACCUAGAACCACCAUCCUGUGGGGACACGGCCACCCUGGAGCUGAAUACACACGGGGGGACGAGACAGA